AUGAAAUUAUUUUACCAGUUCCUUGAAUGGGCACUACCAAAAUUCACAAGGUUUAAUCAAUAUUUCCAGACUCAAGGAGUGGUCAUAACUGAUUUGCAUGAAAUGAUUGUAAUGUUAUACAAAGAUAUCUUCUUGUGUUUCUUGAAGAGAAAUUAUGUCAUGCAGACUAAUUUAGUGAAUACAAAUCCUAUGAAUGGACAGUAUCAAUUGGUCAAUAAUGAACUAUAUUUAGGAUAA